CGACUCAGCGGCUUCGCAGUUAGCUAGCUAGCUACGUACAAUAAUGACAAUAUUUAAUGAAAUAUGAAGGACUUCGAGACGUUUUGAUGCGUACAGUGGGAUUUUUUUUGCCUAAAUCGGGAUGUCCAUUUACAGCUUUUGGUCACUAUGAAGCUAUAGUGUUUGCAAACAGAGACCACCUGAAGAAUAUUCAGAUAAGAGAGAAGAGGAGAAAAUUGUACAUAAUCUCAAUCUAAUCUCGCUUUAAGAUACAACGACAUGGCACUGAGAGAGCUGAAAGUUUGUCUCCUUGGGGAUACUGGAGUUGGAAAAUCAAGUAUUGUUUGUAGAUUUGUGGAGGACAGCUUUGACCCAAAUAUCAACCCAACUAUUGGCGCAUCGUUCAUGACCAAGACAGUGCAAUACCAAAACGAGAUGCAUAAAUUCCUAAUCUGGGACACGGCAGGACAGGAGCGGUUUCGCGCUCUGGCGCCGAUGUACUACAGAGGUUCAGCGGCGGCCAUCAUUGUCUAUGACAUCACAAAAGAGGACUCCUUCCAAACUCUGAAGAACUGGGUGAAAGAGCUUCGCCAGCAUGGACCUCCUAAUAUAGUGGUCGCCAUUGCUGGCAACAAGUGUGACCUGUUAGACUCCAGAGAAGUGCCAGAAAAAGAUGCCAAGGACUACGCUGAUUCCAUCCAUGCAAUCUUUGUGGAAACCAGCGCCAAGAAUGCCAUAAACAUCAACGAGGUGUUUGUAGAGAUAAGUAAGAGGAUCCCUGUUGCUGACAGUGCAGCAGCAACAUCAGGCAAAAGUUUCAAAUUGGGACGGCAGGUCUCAGAGUCUCGACGGACAUGCUGCUGAUAAUUUUGGUGGCUGAACUCAACGCAACCUAAGAACUAAACGUUACCCACCCUGCUACUCUCCUGGUGUGCUUCAGCUUAAAGGCACAACACACUAUAAAAUGUUUUUUU